GACUGUCCCAUGCUCAGUAGACGACACGCGUUCGAAGUGAUCACUGCCCACGAUGGACACGCGCCAAGACACUCACCUAGCCAAGCUUAGCAAUGUGACAAUUCGCCCAGCCUCGGCGGGAUCGCUUGAGGAGGAAAUUAGUCGCAUAAUUGAGGAUGAGCCCCGGGAACAUCCGCUCCAUCUGCUCGAUCUCGACGAUCUGGUAGGCAAACAUCUCGUCUGGCUACGAUCGAUGGCACGCGUCACUCCUUUCUACGCCGUCAAGUGCAACGAUGAUCCGGCAAUACUGGCCACGCUGGCCGCCCUCGGUACCGGGUUCGACUGUGCAUCGGAGGCAGAAAUGCGCACCAUCCUAGCGCUCGGCGUAACGCCCGACCGUAUCAUCUUCGCGCAUCCGAUCAAAUCCGUCCAAGCGCUUGCGUUUGCCAAAGCGCACGGCAUCCGGCGCAUGACGUUCGACAACGAGUGUGAGCUGGAGAAGGUGGCGCGCGAAUACCCGGAGGCCGAGCUUGUCUUGCGCAUACGGCACGAUUCCGACCGGGUGCUGAUUGCGCUGGGCAAGAAGUUUGGCUGCGAUGCCCGGGGCGAUGGACGCGUGCUGCUGGCACGCGCCAAGGCACUCGGCGUAGCGGUGAUCGGUGUUAGCUUUCACGUCGGUUGUGGCAGCUUGGAUGCGGACUGUUUCUAUCAUGCGAUAGCAUCGGCUCGAUCAGUGUUUGAUUAUGCGAAGGAUGAGCUGGGCAUGCGACUGUGGCUGCUGGAUGUGGGUGGUGGAUUCCCGGGAGACAACGACAAACCGAUCGAUCAGUACGCGGAAGCGGUAUCGCGAGCGUUGCAAGAGUUCUUCCCACCCGAGCAAGACGAAGAGGUGUAUGUCUUGGGUGAGCCGGGACGAUUCUACGUCGGAUCGGCCGCCACGCUGCUCACGACGGUGCAGGGGAAAAAGAUUGUGCGGGAUGACGCUGGCCAGAUACAGCAGAUGAUGUACUACAUCAAUGACGGCGUGUUUGGCACACUGUUCGAUUGGCUGAGUCUGCGCGAGAUCAAGGACCUAAAGCGUGCGGUGCCGUUGGUACGGCGGGAGCGUGAGCACGAGCCUGCCUUUCCGACAACCAUCUGGGGCCCAACCUGCGACUCGACGGACAUUGUGUGUGAGGAUGUGCCGUAUCCGGAGCAUCACAUCGGUGACUACAUCGUGUUUGAGAAUCUCGGCGCGUACGGCAUGACGUUUGCGACCAACUUCAACGGUUUCCCCAAGCCGACGGUGCAAGUGUACGUGAAGGAGCACACUUGGAACAUGCUGCACUCGAUCGCCGGCACCGACUGGAGGCAGAAAACACUCACCUUUUUCGAGAGAGAGUGCCCUAGAAAGGGGCAGGAACAAUCCAGCGACCAGCUUUAAAUUGUAUUGCAUUGUGUGUUUGUGUUAUUUGAGCAAGGGGUUUUAAAUAAAACAACCCCCAAAGUGUACCAGUGCUAGCAAACGCUCCAAAAUGGGGAUUGCAAAACUAA